UCCACCGUUCUACGUCGUGAUCCAUCCAGUAAGUCCGCUGUAACCAACGAUGCCGCCGAAGAGACAACCGUCGAAGCUUGCCCGCCCAUCUCCCCUGACGCGCUUUAGUACCAGUAUGGUGAGCCUGCUCAAGAAUCCGCAGAAGGAUGCACAGGCACCGAUUCUUAAUGGUAAUGACCGCCGAACGAUCACCGACAGCCCCAAUAGUUCCAUGCUUUCGCUGCCUAUGACUGCAGAGCCGGCAACAGUCAAUAUCGAUAAUGAAGUCAAAGAGCAAGAGAUCGCAGAGCUGCAUGGCAAGCUCCAGGAGGCUGCGCUGGCGAUUGACAAUGGUAAUCAGUUGAUCUCCUCUUUGCAAGAACGAGAAACGUCCUUGUCCUCCGCGCUCGACGAGGCUCGCGCAGAAAUCGGGCUCCAAAAGGCGGCACUGCAAGCGGCUGCAGAUGCAAAAAGGACGGUGGAGACGGCCAAAGCAGUGGUGGAGAAGGAGCGGGCGGAGUCAUGGCAGCAGCUUGCUGCGACACUCGCAAACCUUCGAAAGAGUGAGAACGAGAUAGGGGACGUACGGAGAGAACUUGAAGGGACGAGAACUAGCCUCGAAGCGAAGGUGGUCGAGUUGAAGAGACAACGCAGCGAACGAGCUGAAGCCGAAAGAGCCCUCCAAGAGCUCCGUCAGCGAAUAGAUGAGCUCGAAACGUCUCACGCGCAGAGUACGGCAGCGCUGACGGAGAAGUCUCGAGAGGCGGCCACCAAGCAUGACGCCCGAGUUAGACUCGAAGACCAAAUGGCGAAGCUAGCUUUCGAAAAGGCGACUCUCGAGAACUCGCAUGCGGAGACCAUAGCAGCUCUCCAACGCAAGUCCGCAGAAGAAGAAAGCGAACAUGACGCUCGAACACAUGCAGAACGAGAGAUUGAGGACCUCCGAAAGGAGAGUCAGCGUCUUCAUGACACUAUUUCGCAGACCCGAGCGGAGCUGGAAUCCAAGGUCACUGAAGUGAACGCAGAGAUGAAGAUGCGUCAAAUAGCGCAGGGGGAACUGGCUGCGGCUCAGUCCAGUAACCACGAACUGCAAGGCGUGCUAUCGCGCACACGGGCAGAGUUGGAAGGGAAAGCAUCCAGGUUGGAGGAAGAACACGCACGCCGUGUCAGGGUCGAGCAGAUGAUCAGCCUAAUCCAGGCGGAGAAACGGGAGGUUGAAGCUUUGCUAUCUCGUACUGCAACAGAGCUCCGAGGGAUGACCGCGGAAGUUGCCAAAGAGCACAGCGUGGGCGUCGAGCUCGAAGACAGACUACACACCGUUCAGCAAGAGAAGCAAGAACUUGCAGCCGCUAACACAGAACUUCGAGCGAAGCUCGAGGCCACAGCGACCGAAGCUGGUCAGGAGCGCCUCUCGCUCGCUAGGGCCGAAGAAGAGCUGCAGCUGUCUCAGACACGGAGAAACAACCUCGAAAGUACCCUCUCGCACAUUCGCUCAGAGCUCGACGCCAAAGUCACCGAGAACCUUAGUCUCACCGCUCGCGUUUCCGAUCUCGAGACGUCCAUUUCGAAGCUUGAGACGAAGAACGAGGAGAAGUCUGAGAGGACCAGCAUGCUCGAGAAGGAGCUCAUGAAGUCUACGCAGGCAUUGGAGGAUGCUAGGCGUGAGCACGCCGACUCGUUGGAUCUAGUCAGAAACCUCGAGCAGCAGUUGGCGGGUGAAACCGCUACGGUUGACCGAGACCAGGUAGAAAUCCAGCGCACAGAGCAGCGCGCUAGGCAAUUCGAGCAGAAAUGCAAGGAGGCAAAUGGGGAGCUUUCGAAAGCGAGAGAGAGGGCAAGGAAACUCGAGGCAGAGGUGAAGAUCGAGCGCCAGCGUGCGGAGAAGGCGGAGAAGGAUAUGAGGGAUGCCUUGGAACGUGCAAUCAAGGCGGCGAAGGGGGCGAAGGAAGGGCACAAUUGCAUUAUCAUGUGAACGGACAGAAAAUUCACCUGUAUGAAACGUCGCAAGGGUAGCAAAUAUGUUGCAUAUUUCCACAAAUUGAAGUUCGACACAGAGCACGAUGUUGUACAAUCUUGGACGUGUUUGACCUGGGAUUUAUCAUAUGUAUGUAUACUAGACGCAUUAGAACGUACCUUCCUCGUAGACCUGAGCAGGGACGUGUUAAUGGAUAGAAACGAGCGGACGAAAGGACGGCACCUAGGAUUAAUGGGCUUCCGCAAAGUCUCAGUCUUGC